AUGUCCCCGAGGUGGAAGCAAGCAACCAUUGACAUUCCACAUUCUGAACCGGCAUUCAACAAUGCGGGCAAAGCAAGACUAGACGGCCGGCAGCCACACACACGUACACACAAACAUUUGCAUGGGCACAGGCUGGAGCGCAGAGUUGGGGGAACACGUUAUGGCAAAGUGCAAAAACAUGUUCUCGCCUCGUCAGGCCCUGAGUAUCCAGAUUAUGGCGAAUCAGCCAGUCUGGCUCCAACAUGUCUUGGAGUUGCCACAGGCAGUGAGUUGCCCUUAGUCCGAGGCUGCGUGAGGUCAUGGGCACUGAACGAAGGACUGGCCCAACUACGCGCUGCAUGGCUAUUGCCAAGACUGAGGAAGCGCGACCGUCAAAUUCUUUCCUGA